CUUCGGAAACCCUGCCUUUUCACCCCGCACCCCUCCCAGCUGGGACGCUUUGCCUUGAUAUUACAUUCCAAGCAGCAAAUGAAUAGUCUAGCUGGCCAUUUUACUCUUUCAUUCAGAUGCAAGGCUGAGCCUGUGUUUAAACUCACUUAGUAUUGGACUAACUAUUUAUAAUAAUUAACUGUUGCGCAUUCCUCGGAUUAUUUGAAACCAAUUUGCACAGUUUCCAAAGUUUUUCUUCUAACUGUAAAUAGUAUUUAAGAUUUCGCGUUUUGCGUAUUUUUUUCCAGCCUAAACUUUAUUUUAAGGCCGUAAGUAGUUGUACUUAUACGACAAUGGCAGGUUUGAAUUCCCUGGACGCCGUGAAAAGAAAAAUCCAGACGCUGCAGCAGCAAGCAGAUGAAGCGGAGGACCAGGCGCAAAUGUUACAGCGGGAGCUGGACGCUGAACGGGAACUGCGUGAGAAAGCCGAGGGAGAUGUGGCAGCUUUGAACCGCAGAAUCCAGCUGGUGGAAGAGGAGCUAGACCGCGCCCAGGAGAGGCUGGCCACCGCUCUGCAGAAGCUGGAAGAGGCGGAGAAGGCGGCCGACGAGAGCGAGAGGGGGAUGAAGGUGAUCGAGAACCGGGCGAUGAAGGAUGAGGAGAAGAUGGAGCUCCAGGAGAUGCAGCUGAAGGAGGCCAAGCACAUCGCCGAGGAGGCCGAUCGCAAGUACGAGGAGGUGGCACGUAAACUGGUGAUCCUGGAGGGGGAGCUGGAGAGAGCUGAGGAGAGGGCUGAAAUCUCCGAGCUGAAGUGUAGCGAUCUGGAGGAGGAGCUGAAGAAUGUCACCAACAACCUGAAGUCCCUUGAGGCCCAGUCAGAGAAGUACUCAGAAAAAGAGGACAAAUAUGAAGAGGAGAUUAAGCUGCUCAACGACAAGCUGAAGGAGGCUGAAACCCGGGCGGAGUUCGCUGAGAGGACGGUGGCCAAACUGGAAAAGACAAUCGAUGACCUGGAGGAGAAACUGUCCAGUGCCAAGGAAGAGAAUCUGGGAAUGCAUCAGGUGCUGGAUCAGACACUGCAGGAGCUAAACAGCUUGUAAACAUGGAAAAGGUGGAAAUGAGCAGGAAAGCAGGGCAGCUGGCAGUAUUCCGCGCCGGUCCUGCCCAACGUUCUGCCCCACUACCCCACGUUCUGGGCUGGAGGACAGAGACGGCGUCCAUUUUCUAUUCUGUACUUUCUUGUUUGUUUAUUUUUCCGUCGGUGCCGCUUUGUCUUUCGUCUGUGUGAAAUGUAGAAAACAUCCCUCCCGCGUCGCACGCUCUCGCGGUGUUACAUGACUGGGCCCAGAGUGAGGGAACAAAUCAGCCUGGAGCACUGCAGCACCGGGAAUUAUGGGUAUUCUGUCUGUUUUUUUUACCGUUGGACGUGCUGCUGAACCCACAGGGGAAAACAGAACGCAGUUUGAUGGGUAUUAGACGUAUAUAGUAGUCAGAAUCAAAUAUAAAUGAAAUUUAUGUAGAUUAUGAGUGAAAGCAUGGUUUUAUACUUGGUAACGUAUCCGAGAACCCUACUGUCCAGCUCUCUACUUCUUUCUUACAUGUUCCCAUCAGUCGUAUUACGUUUGGUACACGGGCAUGUCUGGGGUGGGACGUCUCACUCCAGCGCUGCUGCGUUCUUUCGGGGGCAGACACUGAAAUCCUGAGCAACCCUGCAAAACAUCCAAAGUCAAAACAAAGUCCAGCCCAAAUACCCAAGCAUCACCUUGACCACUCCUGUCCUCAGAAGGAAAGACUGGGAUUUAGCAAACGUGUCUGCCUGGAUUGUGUUGUGUCACGUCACAGUCAGGCUGCCUUACAUUCCAAUAUCACAUACCGAGCAGCUCACUGCGGCCUUUCUGUAACUGUGUUCAACUUUACCUGUCCAACUCUGAGUUCUAAUAAAUUUUUACAAAAAAAC